AUGGCUGAGGAGCAGGUGGAUAAACCACUAUCAAUUGACGAAGAGUACGAACUUUGGAGAUCCAAUGUCCCUUUAAUGUACGAUUUCGUCAGCGAGACGAAUCUUACUUGGCCGACUUUGACGCUUGAGUGGCUACCUGGCAACAGUCAUAGUAACCGCCAGGAACUAAUCUUAGGUACACACACAUCUGAAGAAGAGCCCAAUUACUUGAAGAUCGCUGCCAUUGAUCUGCCAGAUGAGAUAGUGCCCGGUAAAGAAGAUCGUGAACGAGAUGGCUUCACCAAAUCCAAUAUCAAGAUCAUUAAGAAGUUUAAACAUGAGCAAGAAGUUACUAGAGCUCGAUAUAUGCCUCAGGAUAGUAACCUCAUUGCUACUAUAAACGGUAGCGGUACAGUUUUCUUGUAUGACCGUUCUAAGGAUGGCGAUGAAGGAUUACUAUCUUCCUUGGGCUUCCAUGAGGAUAAUGGUUAUGGUUUAUCUUUCAAUCCUGUCGAUAAAGGGAAGCUUUUGAGUGGUUCUGACGAUUCAAAGAUUGCCCUUUGGGAUAUCACAACUAACAGUACAAAACCUGUCUCGACCUGGGAAAGUUGUCAUCAGGAUGGAGUCAACGAUUGUAAGUGGCAUGAACUGAACGGUAACACAUUUGGCUCUGUUUCGGAAGACUGUACUUUACAAUUACAUGAUCAAAGGGUUAAGGACUCAGUCACUGACAAGAUAAAAACCGUAACUGCAUUUAAUACAAUUGCGUUUAGUAAGCAUUCAACAAAUUUAUUCGCAGCCGCAGGCACUGACUCAUUAAUAUACUUGUACGAUUCAAGAAGGACUGGAAACGUGUUACAUACCAUGUCUGGUCAUGAAAGCAACGUAACUAAUUUGGAGUUUUAUGCUGCAAAAGACGGUAUAGUGAUGUCUUCUGGUGAGGAUAGACGUGUGAUCAUGUGGGAUUUGAUGGAAAUUGGUGCCGAACAAGUACCAGAUGAUGCAGAUGAUGGGUCACCGGAAGUAGUUAUGAUUCAUGCUGGUCAUAGAAGUCCUGUAAAUGAUUUCUCAAUGAAUCCAAAUAUUCCUUGGUUGAUGGCCAGCGCAGAAGAAGAGAACAUUGUGCAAGUUUGGAAAUGUUCAAGCAAGUUACCGAGAGUUGGAGGUCUACCUAAAGUGGAUGACUCGGUGCUAGAGUAA